GACUUGAGCCGCUCUUGUUUAAACGCGCUCAACCCACGCCUCGCGUCCGCUUCCGCCGCUACCGUCACGCGCUUCCCUGCACGCCCUGCUCUGCUCUCUCUCUCUCUCUGCACAGCAGUGGCUCAGCGGCUGCGCCCCUCGUAACUCGUCAGCCCGUGACUGUCUCGUGUCGUCCUCUCGCCUCCCUCUCUCCUCUCUCCCCUCCUCGCCUCGACAGUCUGACCGCAGCCGUGCAGCCGUGCAUUGCUACCGCAAUCGCAGACACCGAGAGCAAGGCGCCGAGGUGGUACCAGGGCCCGGCGUUCUCACGGCAAUGGCACGGCGGCUUGUACUGGCGCUCCCUGUGCUCCUCUUCUUGCUUCUCGUCGGGCACUGCCGCGGCGGCAAGAUUGGCGUCUGCUACGGGCGCAACGCCGACGACCUGCCGGCGCCGGACAAGGUGGCGCAGCUGAUCCAGCAGCAGUCCAUCAAGUACGUGCGCAUCUACGACACCAACAUCGACGUCAUCAAGGCAUUCGCCAACACCGGCGUCGAGCUCAUGGUAGGCGUCCCCAACUCUGACCUCCUCGCCUUCGCGCAGUACCAGUCCAACGUCGACACCUGGCUCAAGAACAACAUCCUCCCCUACUACCCUGCCACCAUGAUCACCUACAUCACCGUCGGCGCCGAGGUCACCGAGAGCCCCGUCAACGUCUCCGCACUCGUCGUACCGGCCAUGCGCAAUGUGCACACCGCACUCAAGAAGGUCGGUCUGCACAAGAAGAUCACCAUCUCCAGUACACACUCGCUCGGGAUACUGUCCCGGUCGUUCCCGCCAUCCGCCGGGGCGUUCAACAGCAGCUACGCCCACUUCUUGAAGCCUAUGCUGGAGUUCCUUGUCGAGAACCAGGCACCGUUCAUGGUGGAUUUGUACCCCUACUAUGCGUACCAGAACUCGCCGAGCAAUGUGUCCCUGAACUAUGCGCUGUUCUCGCCGCAGUCUCAGGAUGUGAUUGACCCAAACACUGGACUGGUUUACACAAACAUGUUUGACGCGCAGGUCGAUUCCAUCUUCUUUGCGCUCAUGGCUCUGAACUUCAAGACUCUGAAGAUCUUGGUCACUGAGUCAGGGUGGCCGAACAAAGGGGCAGCCAAGGAGACCGGAGCGACUCCAGACAAUGCUCAGACUUACAAUACCAAUUUGAUACGUCAUGUCGUUAAUGACAGCGGCACGCCAGCGAAACCUGGGGAAGAAAUCGAUGUCUACAUCUUUUCCUUGUUCAAUGAGAACAGGAAACCUGGCAUCGAGUCGGAGAGGAACUGGGGACUGUUCUUCCCUGACCAGAGCUCUAUCUACAGCCUUGACUGGACUGGCCGAGGCAAUGUGGAUGUUAUGACUGGAGCAAACAUCACAAAUUCAAAUGGGACCUGGUGUAUUGCUUCAGCUAAUGCAUCGGAGACGGAUAUGCAGAAUGGCCUGAACUGGGCAUGUGGUCCAGGCAACGUCGAUUGUUCUGCUAUUCAACCGAGCCAACCCUGCUACCAGCCUGACACUUUGGCUUCCCAUGCUUCAUAUGCAUUCAAUAGCUAUUACCAGCAAAAUGGAGCUAACGUUGUGGCCUGUGACUUUGGUGGUGCUGGAAUGCGAACGACGAAAGAUCCAAGUUAUGACACUUGUGUCUACUUGGCUGCCGGCAGUAAGAUGAGCACGACAAAUUCAACAUCUCCUCCAGCUCUGACCGACUCCAGUCCACGACCAUUGGCCAAAUGCUUCACCCCCUUGGUCUCCAUGCUGGCCGUUGCGAUAGCUGCAGUGGUACUGUGAUCUAUGGAGAACGCUCUUGGUAGUCUUUUCGGAUGAAAGGUGGAAGGCUAAUCGCCUAAUGCUGGUAACCAGUGAUGUUCCGUUUUGCCAUGAGUAGUAGACUAGCAGUAGGGAACCGUAUCAUGCAGUAGGAAUUCUCUAGUCAGUUUAAGAUGUACAUCGUUGCGCAGACUAUAUAUCAGCUGGCAUUAAGAACCUGA